UUUGAACUUGAAAAAGUGCGCGAUAAUCUCGAGAAACAUUUUUUACUUUUUUAAGCGGCUGUAUUUUGUUUUUUUGGCGACGGUUUUUUACACCAUAUUUUGAAGUUAAUUUUUUUUCUGUCUAUUUUUUCGGCAUAUUUGUUAGAUAUUUUUUUAAUUUUGAAGCUCGUUCAUCUUUCAACUGCCAACAUGAAGAAAAUAGAACGUUUCUUUCAAUAGAAAUUACUCUGAGGAAAACUUGCGCCAUUGUUCCUCUAGUGCAUUGCAACGAUAAAGCUCAGAGUGCAAUUCCAGAAAAUUUCAAUUCCCAUUUGAAUAUAAAAAAUUCAAAAACGUGUCGAUGUGUUUUACAAGCUGACAGUAAUGAAAAAACGACCUAGGUCCGUCGAUGGCCCUCGAACAAGUAUUUUUUAAAAGAUAUAACGGUUGUGAAUAAAAGCUGUAUUAUGGCGUUAUGAAGUUUAAAAGUGUGUGCACGGUACUCAGUAUUUCAUUCGUGACGAAUGCCGUAUGUUUAAAAGUGAAAUUUUCUUAAAUGCCGGCCAGAUGACCAUCCAUCAAGUGGCGAUUCUCCUGGAAGAGGGGUGCAAGUCGGGCGCGGAAAUAUCCUAGUGUUGUGCGGGUUGCGUGCUUUGAGUUCUAGUCGAAUAGUGCGUCUGUGCUCGCCCUGUGGAAUAAUUUACGGCGGAAACAUGAGGUUGCUGAUAAUCACUGUCUGUCUGUGUGUCAUCAAAGGCUCCUCAGCGCAAGCACCGCCACUUCACGAGGGGGCAACCAUUUUCCAUCACGAAAUUUGGACGGACGAUUCUGACGCCCCCGCAUCGAACAUCGACGAAGAUGGCGAACCCACGGAUUACGACGACUACGAACAAGCUGUUAAUGGGACGGAAGGGGUCGAUCAAGGUGUGCUCUCAGGAAACAAAACUAGCGUGCUGAAAUUCCACCGAUCGCUGAGCAACUUGACGCGGGAGGCCGGGAGCAACGUGAAGCUGAGGUGUGAGGUGGGCGGGGAACCGGCUCCGAACAAGCACCAGUGGUUCAAGAACGAGGUCCCCAUCGAGGAGCAGCGAGGGCGCAUCACCGUCAAGCGCUAUCCCCCGAAGAGGGUUGACUUCGGCGCCUCCGUCCUCGGCACGAAACUCGUCAUCAACCACUUGGACCCGCACGACAGGGGCUACUACAAGUGCCAGGUCUCCAACGGCAUCUCCACCAUCGAGUCCACUGCCGUUCUCAUGGUCAAAGCCCCACCUUCAACUCAGGAUCGCGGACCUAACCUGGACCUCUCUCAGUUGCCAUCUCACAUUCUUGGAAGCAUGGGGGUCGGCUUCACAAUGCCCGGAUAUUCUGGUUCACCACAUGGUAUCCCAACCUCAUUAGAUUCUCAUGCUCCUAAAGAGGCGCGAUGUGAGGUCUACACAGGAACUGUGUGCACAGAAUUUACUCAAUCAGAUUUGGUGUACAUUCCUGGAGGCCAAACGCAAGCUGAAAUUGAGAGCAAAUUAGGAUCAGCUCUAACCGUCGUCAACACCUCUCCGGAUUUGUCUCCAAGCUGUCAGCAAUUUGUGAAGCCUUCAUUAUGUUACUCUAAUUUUCCAUUGUGUCGGAAGCACACUCAAAUACCCAGAAAAAUUUGUGUUCAGGACUGUGAAAUCCUAGAAAACGAAUUAUGUCGCGUGGAAUAUGCCAUUGCCAAGCGUCAUCCAUUGAUUGGAAAGGCACUUAAUGUACCGGAAUGUGAUGACCUGCCCCCUCGGAAGACCCAAGAAAGUGCCGAUUGUUUACCAUUAGGUAUUCCAGAUCCAGAGCCUGUUGAUGGAAGUCAGACUUGUUACUGGGGGCGUGGUGAAAGUUAUCGCGGAAAUGUGUCAGUUGCAAUCUCAGGAGAGAAGUGCAUGAAAUGGAGUCAUAAUCAUGGGAUGUCUCUGCGCAUCUCGCUUUAUCCAGAACUGUUAGGCAGUCAUGUUUACUGUAGAAAUCCAGGGUCUCAGGAAAAGCAGCCCUGGUGUUUCACAGAGUCAAACAAUGAGCGCCAAUUUUGUAGCAUACCUCAGUGUGUCGAUAAUAUUUGGCUGUAUCUGGUAAUUGGGAUAUCCUGCUCAGUGACUGUUGUUGUAUUCCUUGUCAUAUACCUUUGCUGUUCUCGGCAGAAGAAUCAAAAGUCGAUGCGGAAUAGGCUUUCAUCCCCAGUUAGAGUAAAGAACUCUCCAAGCAAAAACAAAACAAGUAAUGGUAAGGGCACAGGACUUGAAAUGUCAGCUCUCAUCCCAGGUUCGACUGUAUCCAGUGUUAAAUCUGAAACCCGAUCCCGAGUUCGUGAAUACCAUUUAUCAAACGUUCAUUUCCUCCAAGAACUCGGAGAAGGAGCUUUCGGUAAAGUGUACAAAGGAGAAGUAAUGAAAGAUAAUGAGCCAAUGCUGGUGGCGAUUAAAACGCUGAAAGAAAACGCAAGUGCCAAAACUGCUGCAGAUUUCCGCAGAGAAGUAGAUUUAAUGUCUGAAUUAAGGCACCCAAACAUUGUGUGUCUGCUUGGCGUAUGCCUAUCCAGUGAGCCUCUCUGCAUGCUGUUUGAGUUCAUGGUUCGUGGAGACUUGCACGAGUUCCUCAUGGCACAUUCACCGCGCUCAGACCUCAGCAACUCUCACUUGAGUCAGCCCUUGGAUCAACAAGAUUUCAUGCAUAUCUCUAUACAGAUUGCAGCAGGAAUGGAAUAUCUUUGCAGCCAUCAUUAUGUCCAUAGAGAUCUAGCAGCUCGAAACUGUCUUGUUGGAGAAAAUUUGACGGUUAAAAUUUCUGAUUUUGGUCUGUCAAGAGACAUUUACUCAUCGGAUUAUUACAGGGUUCAAUCUAAAUCAUUGUUACCUGUGAGGUGGAUGCCUCCUGAAUCUAUACUAUACGGAAAAUUCACUACGGAAUCUGAUGUUUGGAGCUAUGGUGUUGUAUUGUGGGAGGUUUACAGUUAUGGACUUCAACCUUAUUAUGGUUAUAGUAAUCAAGAAGUAAUUGAGAUGAUUCGAUCGCGACAGCUCUUACCUUGUCCUGAAGAUUGUCCGAGUCGAAUGUACUCACUGAUGAUGGAAUGCUGGCAUGAAGCGCCUAUCAGGCGUCCGCACUUUCCAGAAAUCCACACAAGGUUACGACAAUGGCGAGGAACAACCAUUCAAUACUGCACCAACAGCAGUAGUGACCGCACUAGCUCCACACACUUGUCCUCGCCGCAUCAGCUCAUCGUCAAAUUGCCUCCACCAUAUAAUAAACAUCCAGCGCACAUCUAAUCAAACUCUAGUCAAUCUAGAUUUUAAGUCAUUUUUUUUAAUCUCAACAGAAAUUUCGUACAGCUUUUUGCUUUUUAAAUUCAUGAUCUGUGAUGACUUCAUAGUAACUGCAUCGUGUAAUGACUAUUAUAUAGUUCCAAGUUAUCUGACAACUCAUAUUGAGUGCUAGGCUCUAGUGUCCUAUGUUUUUCAUCGAGACUGAUUAUUGUAUGUAGGAAAAUUCAUUCUAAGACUCCAUUCAGUGUUAGCGUGAUCAGUAACAUCAGCUGAAUGAAGAAAUUGACAAAUUUCUAAUCCUUCUUUUUGUUUUUAUUAUUAAUCCUUUAGUAUUUUUCCAGCUUUAACCUCUGUGAAACAUACUUUUCAAUAAGACAGUUUCACCAGAAAGUAUCAGUUUCUUUGAUCAUCGAAGUAUAUUUCUCUUUGGGAAAAAUUUAUGAGGAUUUUGUCUCUUAAACACAAACCCCUCUACCUUCCAAUUUUCUUUUCUAUUCUGCUCUGUACACCAAGAAUUCUAUAAAUUUGCCGCAACCUGCCUGAUGCAUAAUGAAAUCUUGUUUCUGCAAUGUAACAGCUGUAACUAAGUGCUUAGAGAUGUUUGGACGGAUUUUGCUACAAUUCGCAAAACUCCCAGAAAAGACUAGUAACCACUCAGAAAAAAUAAUUAAUUAUGGAUGAAAGCCCUUGAAAACUUGCCGUUAAAUUUUUCAAUAUUUUCAUCCUUCAAGUGUAUAUUUUUUCAGCAAAGCAUUAUACUACCAGGGAAUGGAGCAUUUUUGAUCAUUCCGCAUUUAGCAACAUAACAGGUUGGGAAGAUUUGACCCGUUUGCCUUGAUGCGGGAGAGGAAAACAUUUUGUCAUUUUUUUACUUCUUCUCUACUUUUAUAUGCGUUUUUUUUUACAUCACAAUUUUUCAUGAAAUUUGUUCAAUUACCUUUUUCUACAACCUUUUUUGUUUUUAGUUUGUCCUCAUAAUUAUUCUUUUUGAUAACUCUUUUAUAUUUUUUACUUCGUCGUCGAAAGAUGUUUUGCCUCUCUACAUUAAACUAGCAUCUUAAGUUAUCAUCCUAACAAACACAGUUGUUAUGACCUGUUUGUAAAAUGUGACAUCACUUCACUCAUUUUAUUUUAAAUGUUUGAAAUUCAAUGCUCUCAUCAUCACCAUUUUUUCAUUUUUAUAUACUUGAUUAUUUUCGUUUUUAUUUGUGAUUGCAUAAUUUGUUCAAACAAAACAGAAUAAGUUUUAUUUAAUUAUAAUGCAAAUUGUUACCUAGUUAUGGGCUCUUCUCCUCCUUUCCCUCCUGAUUUGUUCUGAAAAUUUAGGAGUUAAUUACAGCUUUUUUAGCUAUCACAUUCCAUCAAAUGUAAAACUAAAAUUAAAUGAAAGCUGACAAAAUCUCAUCUGUCAUUAUCUUUCAUUUUCAUUUUGGAUAUAUACGGGAUGAUAAUAUUGUGGCUUAAACAGCCACCAUGCGUUGAAUUUAAAUUUUUAAAAUUCAAAGCUGGAAGCAGGAGAAAAUUUUUAAAAUUCAAAGCUGGAAGCAGGAGAAGGGACACAUAAUUUUUAACAAGCAAGAAACGUCAACUUAGCCCAAGCAAGAGAAUUUGUUGACCCGACUAAUUUCCAGCGCAUGCAAGUGUAAAAAUGGGUUCAAAUGAAUCAGCCUAAUAUGGAUUGUUAUAAGAAACAAUAAUUAAUUUUGAAAGUUGCUCCUUCAAAGGAAGUAUUUAUUCUUAAAUGUUAAGACUGACAUUAAAUCGAAUAUCUACUAUAAUUCGUCUUGAAUCCAUUAAUGUGGCGCUUAUGUUAAUUACUGAUAUUCAGUCAAUUAGACUGUUCAUUUUUUCCCCUUCUCUUGCCCUGAUUGGUAUAUACUUUUUUCUGGGUAACACUUAUCCCUCCCCAAAAUUUUUUAUUUUCAUAAUAGUGCCAUUGAUUAUUAUGUUGAAGAAAGCUGUAAAGUUAGAUUUCCUUAUUGUUUUUUAUGUAUUUUAAUCUUGUGUGAGUUUUAACUCCACUCCAGUCUUUAUCAUCACUUUUACGAAUUUUCUGACAGUUUAAUGUAUUUUAUGUAACGUCAAUUGACUAUGCACAGCUCUUUUGAAGACUGAGAGAAAUUCAGCUCGGUUUAACAAUAUAAAUGCCGAUCUGAUCUUUAGCGGCAAUUUUUAAUCUCAAUUUUUUGUACAUUUAAGUUAAAGAAUAAAAAUAAACAGGAGAACUCCUCAAUUUGAUGAGAUGGCUGUUAUCUCUGAAUGCUUCAAACAUGCAUUUUUCUUAUUUAACUUAAACUUUCCAACUUACUUUCAUAAUUCAAUUUCAGAAGUCAUGUGAAUUGAAGAAAAGGUGUCUGAUUCAGUCACUGUUAGCGCCUUUUUUGUCACGAAUUGUAGUUUGUUCUUGACACAAGUCCACACUAGAGAAGAUGCCUGUUGCAGAUAGUUUUCAGCAGGAAAUAAACCUCUUAUGCAUUCUUUGUUCAAUUUUAUUAAAAAAAUUGUUGGUCCUGCAACAAAGUACAGUUAUCUACCAUGUUGUUACCCCAUUAUUUUAUCAUGGUAAUUCAUGUAAAUACUUGUACAUAAUAAUUACCCAUUUUAAGUGUACAGCGUUUAAGUACAAAUCAUUUUUUAUAUGUUGUAAUCAAUUUAAUUUUUCAGUUUAAUGUGUUCCACUGUCUCAUUUUUUACACAUUAUAGAUCAUCUGUUUGUCAAUUGUAGUCUGUUGAACUUCAUUUCAUUCGAACUAAAGUCGCAUAUUAUUUGUCCACAUCAGCUCCAUCAGUCACCAUAUUGUGUCAUCAGAGUGCGAUGCUUUGAAUUUUAUUUGAUCAAUGCCAUCAGAAAAGGGCAAGGCUUCAUUUGUGCGGGUACCGUAGGGUCGCCAUUUUUGUGAUCAGUAGAUCCACUACUUCCAAGAGCCUGGUGGCAAAUUGAUGGCUGCUAGGACUGCUUCAGUUGGCUUAUGCCAAUUGAAGGGCUCCUACUGGAUAUUAUAUGGAGACAUGAGCAGUAACCUCCUAUUGGUCAAUUUUUCAAAUUUCUCAAGAGGUGCGGUCGCCAGUCUGACAUCUUGGAUCAUCAUAUCUGAUGGAUAUAGCUGGCAACCAACAAAAUUAGGAAGAGAAAAUUUUUUCUUCUCUGCUCGAAAAACGUCUAAAGAUUCCCUGGAGGAGGGUGAUUGAACUCAUCGUUCAUCAAUUAUCACUCAAAAAUUGCUGUUAAUCAGCAAAUUCUUGACCAAAUUAGCUCAACAGUUCUGCUGUAAAAAGCCAAUGAAAUUACUUUUCAGUUCGAACAACCAAUAUUUUGCUAGCUGUAUUUGUUCGUUGGUUAGAAGGAUGGUGAUAACUUUAAAGACUCUUCAAGUUUUCAAAUAAAAUAUCCCAAGUUUUCAGCUAUUUACACCAAUGCUGACAACAGAGAGGUUUUUUUCCAAUUACUGUGUUAUUUGGUUUAAAUAUUCAAAUUUCAAAAUCGAGAAAAAUUAUUUCAAGCCCUCUGAUGAGUUAUAGUUUUUACCAUCCGUUCUAACUUUCCAGUCAUGAGAAAUUCUCUCAGUAAUAGUUUUUCAACGUUCUAUUCAUCAGUUUAAAUUAUGUCCAUAAAUUAUGCAACACUGAAA